GGAAAAAAAUGCAUUUGCAACGACAGAAAAGAUGGGUGAUCGACGUCAAUUUUGCGAAGCCCAUCGCCCAAAGAAAGCACUUGGAACCUACUCAAUCCAGCUUAGUGCAACGGAUGGCAGCGGUUGUGUGUGGACGGGAUGUCGAGCCAUCCCCGUGUCUGGAGGGAUUGCGGGAAACGAAACCCCCCAGACAACACAGAUUCGGCGGUAAGGAUCAUCUUCAGUGCUACCUUAGUGGAUACCCAAGCCAUCGUAAAAGAUGCGCCGCGCGCCCGUUUGCCUGGGGUCUGUUGAGGGGAGGAUCGCUAGCGAGAUGGGGUUACCUUGGACGACAUGGUAUCCAGUUGGCCGCAGUACUUAAAGAGCGCGAUGCCCUGGCCAUCCCGGUUUGCGGGGUUGGGUGGAAAAGCACGUCUCCAGGCAGCUACUUCGUCUUCUUGAAGAAUAUUGUUUGCCGCCAUGGUGUUCAAAAUAGGGGCUUGCCUGCUUUUGUGGGCGAGUGCGGUCCAUGCCCGCGCACCUGUCAUCCCCAUCGGCGAGUUUACUCCAAGGGUGAAGGCCCCAUCUGCUUUGGCUGGCGACGACCUGACAAGCUUAUACCCUUCCCAUACAAUUUCAAUUCCGAUUGACCACUUCCAUACGGACGAUAGAUAUGCACCCCAUUCCAACGGGACGUUUGAGCUGCGCUAUUGGUUCGAUGCCAGCCAUUACAAGGACGGUGGCCCGGUGAUUGUUUUGCAUGGCGGGGAGACAGAUGGUGAAGGCCGAUUGCCCUUCUUACAAAAGGGAAUUUUGGGUCAGCUCGCUCAGGCUACAAACGGAGUUGGCGUCGUCUUGGAACACCGCUACUAUGGAACAAGUAUUCCGACAGAGGACUUUUCAACCAAGAACCUGCGAUUCUUGACAACCGAGCAGGCGAUGGCGGAUUCGGCAUAUUUUGCUAAGAAUGUCGUGUUCGAGGGCCUCGAGGACAAAGAUUUGACAGCACCAAACACCCCAUAUAUCCUGUACGGUGGUUCAUAUGCUGGCGCGCAAGUUGCUUUCCUUCGCGUUGAGUAUCCAGAUAUCUUCUGGGGAGCAAUCUCAUCUUCCGGCGUAACAAAGGCUAUUUGGCAUUACUGGCAAUACUACGAACCUACCCGGAAGCACGCCCCCCAACACUGCGUUAAACAAACACAGACUUUCGUUGACCUUGUUGAUAAUAUCGCUCUUCGCGGAAAAGACCCUAAGGUUACCCAGCAGCUCAAGGAAUUCUUCGGGCUUGGCGAAUUGACUCACAAUGAUGAUUUUGCAAACGUGCUAGCGUUCGGAAUUUCCGGCUGGCAGGGUACCAACUGGGAUCCCGAUAUCUCUCGGCCUACCUUUGCCAAGUACUGUGACACGAUCACCACUGAUCGUCUUCUGCAGCCUGUAUCAGAGGAGCAAAAGGAGCUUGCAACAUCCUUGAUCAAAGCAGGCAAAUAUGGGCGGCACGGCAAGAAACUCAAGAACCGCCUCCUCAAUUAUGCCGCAUGGGUCAACACUACCUAUGCUGCCCCUUGUCUUAGACGAGGAAGCACCCUUGACACUUGCUUCGGGACUCAUGAUCCAGAGUUCUAUAAGAGAGAUGACACAACGCAGGAAUGGAGAUUGUGGUAUUAUCAGGUUUGCACUGAAUGGGGCUUCCUUCAAACGGGAAGUGGUGUUCCAAAAUUCAUUAAACCUUUGGUUUCCCGAAUGAUCGACCUCGAAUACACUACCAUCAUGUGUCGCGAAGCUUAUGGCCUCCAUGGAGAAGCUGACGUUUCGCGGGUUAACAAAUGGGGCGCAUUUGACAUCGAAUACCCUCGUCUCGCAAUUGUUGACGGCGAAGCCGACCCAUGGGUUGAGGCUACCCCACACGCGACCUUUGCUAGACCACGGAGAAGCACUGUCGACAAGCCAUUUAUCUUGAUUCCUGACGCCGUGCAUCAUUGGGAUGAGAAUGGCGUCUUCCCCAACCAAACUACACCAGACUUCCCACCUGAUCGGAUUAAGAAAGUUCAGGCUCAAGAAAUCGCAUUUGUGAAGAAGUGGCUGAAAGACUGGGAACGCGAGCACAACCGAGACUAA